CUGUGGGGGUGUCGUAAGGUCCCGCUUCAGCACGCGUACCCAGACACCAUGGUAGACAUGCUAUGAAAUGUCAACACUGAACACCGGCUGUGAGAAGCACCUUGGGUGAAUGAUCUCACUGCACCCACACGGCUCCGGGGCGUUGGAGCUCUGUGCGUUUCACAGGUAGCCUGGGAAGUUGAGGACAAUGUCCCGGGUCACAGGUGCGCAGCCCGCUCGGGCGCAGGAAACUUGCUCGGGGCAGCUUCUAGCUCUGCAGCGCCCCUUGCCAGCUGAGGCGCUGCCUUGUCGCCUGCAGAGGGUGAGGUAGCGCGCGGCCUCAGCGCGAGGCCAGCCUCUGACUGGGAGGAGACCCGUGGAUCCCGCGCAUCCAUCCCCGCGAGCCGCCCCCCAGGAUCGGGGAGGGGCGUCUAUAUUGAGGAGUGCGGGGGCGGGGCUGCGAACUGCAGUUGCUAUUAAGAGUUUUGGCAAAUCAGCUCCCGGCUCCACUUCUCCUGGCCAAUAGGAAGUGGCCUAGGGCGCAGAGGCGGAAAGUGCGGCCACACGAACAGGCGUGGCGGCCAAUCAGCCGCCGGCCUCCGUUCCGCGCUCCAACCGGCGCGGAGAGCGGGCCUGAGGGAGGCCGUGGCAGCUGUCAGGCUAAAGUCCGGCGAGCGAUCGCGGCGGGACGGCGGCGGCGGGACGGGCGCUGGAGAUGAGCCGUGGCGCCGCGGGCUGGUGCUGUCUCGUGCUCUGGCUGCCCACGUGCGUCGCGGCCCACGGCUUACGCAUCCAUGAUUACUUGUACUUCCAAGUGCUGAGUCCUGGGGAUAUUCGAUACAUCUUCACAGCCACACCUGCCAAGGACUUUGGUGGUAUAUUCCACACACGGUAUGAGCAGAUUCACCUCGUCCCUGCUGAACCUCCAGAGGCCUGUGGGGAACUCAGCAACGGCUUCUUCAUCCAGGACCAGAUCGCUCUGGUGGAAAGGGGGGGCUGCUCCUUCCUCUCUAAGACCAGAGUGGUGCAGGAGCAUGGUGGGCGGGCUGUGAUCAUCUCGGACAACGCAGUUGACAAUGACAGUUUCUACGUGGAGAUGAUCCAGGAUAGUACACAGCGCACAGCUGACAUCCCUGCCCUCUUCCUGCUCGGCCGAGAUGGCUACAUGAUCCGCCGUUCUCUGGAACAGCAUGGGCUCCCAUGGGCUAUCAUCUCUAUCCCAGUCAAUGUCACCAGUAUCCCUACCUUUGAGCUGCUGCAACCUCCGUGGACUUUCUGGUAGAAAAGCUGACUCCAGGUUCCAGUGACAAGUGACUCAUGGGAAGAGGAAACCCAGGAUUCUGCUAUUUGGAGUUUGGAGAUAGAUUCUGAGGACAAGUGGAGCUAGGGAGAGGACAAGGAAGCCAUACUCCUCCUGCAAGGACAUCUCAUGCUUCAGGAAGAGGCUUCUGACUAGGAUUUGGAACAAAAGGUGCUGAAGGCAGGUGGCCCUGACAUAUACCACCUGUUUCAGCUCCCAGCAGCAAGGACCUCCUCACAAUGAGCCUUGUAGCUGUUGCUGAAGUGGUUUAAAGAAGUGAUAUUUGGGGACUAAUAAGCCCCUACUUUUAGCAAUAAAGCCAAAUAAAGCUCAUGAGGUUUGUGCCUGUGUCCUAAA